AUGCCGGGCUUCGACUUCUCCAACUACAACCGCAACGCAGCGCUGCACGCGCGAGGCGUCCCACUGCCCAAGGCCACCAGCACAGGAACCACCAUCGUGGGGUGCAUAUUUGAUGGAGGUGUAGUGAUCGCAGCCGAUACUCGAGCGACCUCAGGCCCCAUCGUGGCCGACAAGAACUGCGAGAAGCUGCACUACAUCGCCCCUCAGAUCUGGUGCGCCGGUGCCGGUACCGCGGCAGACACCGAGUUCACAACUGCCAUCAUCUCCUCGAACCUGGAACUGCACUCCCUCUCCACCGGUCGCAAGCCGCGUGUUGUGACCUGCAUGACCAUGCUGAAGCAGCACCUCUUCCGAUACCAAGGCUACAUCGGCGCCUAUCUCGUCGUGGCGGGCGUCGACCCCACCGGCACCCACCUGUUCACCGUGCACGCGCACGGCAGCACCGACAAGCUACCCUACGUGACCAUGGGUUCUGGCUCGCUGGCGGCCAUGAGCGUGUUUGAGAGCUCGUGGAAGGCCAGCUUGACCAAGGAGGAGGCUAUGGAGCUGUGCAGCCAGGCCAUCCAGGCUGGUAUCUUCAACGACCUGGGAUCAGGAAGCAAUGUCGAUGUUGCGGUAAUCACAGCGGACAAGACCACGCUGCACCGAGGCUACGUGAAGCCCAACGAGAGGAGCCAGAAGCUUAAGUCGUACAAGUUCCCCAAGGGCACAACAGCGGUGCUGAACGAGAAGAUCAUCAAGAAGGACGAGAUCUUGAAGUUUGUAGACGUGCAUGAGGUGUCUGCCGAGAAGAUGGAUGUGGACACAUAG